AUGGGCCUUUUCGGCCACAUGCGCAUCCACAAGAGCGGCCUUCACCGCACUCUCGACACACCCACCACAUCCAACACAUCAACCGUGCACACCCCCGCCCUCGCUCCAUCCGUCUGCACCACCACCGCCUCCUCUGUGGCUGACACUGACACCGCCGACUUCUCAUGCCCACACUGUCCACGCACAUUCACCUCGCGCAUCGGCCUGGUCGGUCAGAGACUGGCGAACCAGUGCCUGGAGCACCCACCUAUACCCACCAAGCUCUUCUCAACUCCCCACACUGCCCUCUCACAUUCACGCAUCGCAUGGGCCUAUUCCGCCACAUGCGCAUCCACGACGGCCUUCGGUAGACAACCGCCGGUCACACCACACAUUCACUCACUCCGUACCCCCUCCACCACCACCACCAUCAUCACCCCACCAGAAAUCAACAGUCACACACAUCAUGCAUCCAACUGUCACCUCCCACGCAAGUGGGCAGUCCACAUCUCGACUCGGUCCCCAUGCGGCUCCGGCUGUGCGAACGACUCGAGUCUGAGAUUAUCCCGAAACGUCAAGCGUCGUGGAUAG